UUCAAGCGUGUACGGGUGGAGCGAUUCUUCCACGGAACACCGGAGAGGCGGGUCGAUCCGAGCUGACGCGGCGGGCCACUCGGCCGCGACGCGUCCCCCCGUUGGUUCCUCCUUCGGGCCGACCAAAAGCCUACGGCCGCUUUUUUCGUGUCCUAAGUCGCCGUUGUUCUCGAUACGGACGGCGUUUGCUUUUUUUACUUCACUGCGCCACUCUCCCUCUCCUCGGCUUUUUAUAUAUCGACGGAGAAGAGCUCGAUCAUCACAAGCAGUACAAGCCCUUCAAGUCUCCCCACCCGCUCCCAGCACACCCUCUCGCUCUCUUCAUCUCCGCCUCCUCCUCCCCUGCGUUGUGUUUUUCCUCUUGCUGGAUCGAUCGAUCGAUCGACCGAUGAAGGUGGAGGCAGUUGCGCUGAUCCGCAGCAGCUUCGACCACCCUCCGCCGCCCGCAUUCCCGCUCGCAGCCGAGGCGCCUCCCUCCCCGGGUGAGCCCCGAUCGGCGUUCCCCGGACCUCGCGAGGGUGUCGGGCUGGAGACCGGCGGCGAUCGCUCGCUCUUCCCACGGGAUCCCGGCGUCGCGGCUUCCGGCGAUGGAAGCGCGCCAUCUCCGGACCCGCCCGAGUCGAUGGCGGCGACGAAGGUUCAGAAGGUGUACAGGAGCUACCGCACCCGCCGCAGGUUGGCGGACUCCGCCGUCGUCGCCGAAGAGCUCUGGUGGCAAGCGAUAGACUUCGCUCGACUCAGUCACAGCACGGUGUCGUUCUUCGAUCACAUGAAGCACGAGUCGGCGAUCUCGCGGUGGAAUCGCGUUUGCUUGAACGCUUCCAAGGUCGGUCAAGGACUGUCCAAGGACGAGAAAGCCCUGAAGCUGGCUUUUCUGCACUGGAUUGAAGCCAUUGAUCCAAGACAUCGGUAUGGCCAUAACCUGCAUUUCUACUAUGAAGAAUGGUGUAAAAGUGAAGCUGGCCAACCUUUCUUCUACUGGUUGGAUAUUGGUGAUGGCAGAGAUUUGGAUCUUAUAGAUUGUCCAAGGUCCUUACUUCGGAAGCAAUGUGUCAAGUAUCUUGGCCCUCAAGAACGAGAGCACUAUGAGUACGUUCCAAUAGAUGGUAAAAUUGUCCACAAACUUUCUGGAAUGCUUCUUGAUACCACUUCAGGGACUAAAGAAACAAAAUGGAUUUUUGUCAUAAGCACAUCCGGGAGACUAUAUGCUGGUCAGAAAAAGAAAGGAAUCUUUCACCAUUCCAGCUUUCUUGCCGGAGGAGCCACCAGAGCAGCUGGAAGAUUAACUGCAGAAAAUGGGAUACUUAAGUGUGUUUGGGCAUACAGUGGGCAUUACCGGCCAACCGAGGAGAACUUCAACAACUUCUUAGACUUCCUCAGAGAAAAUGGGAUUAAUCUGGAUAACACUCAGAUAUUAUCAUCAUCGAACGAAGAUUACUACGAUGGUCCAAAAAAGUCUCAGCUGGAAAAGGUGAUUGAUGCCAUGAAAGUUUCUAAGACUCCACGGCUGGCUUUGCCUGAAGUAUCGAAGAAUACAACCGGGGAACCAUCAGUGCCAACCCAAGCUGCUAGAGGUCAAGCUGAUUACAAAAGGUCCCUCUCUGGUGGCCUUCAGAGUCCCAAAGCUGACGUGCCAAAGAAAGCAAUACUGGAGAGGAUCAAUUCAAAGCGGAAAGCUAGUUCUUAUCAGUUGGGGGAUCAGCUUUCUUCCAAAUGGUGCAGUGGAGCUGGCCCAAGGAUCGGAUGCGUCGCGGAUUAUCCAUUGGAAGUCAGAAUACAAGCACUGGAGUUUGUAAAUCUCUCACCCAGGAUGAUAUCUCCAUCAACAUCCAAGCCGCUCCCUCGUAUGCAUUCCGCAUUUUAGCUUAUCAGAUAGCCAGACAAUGCUUCACUACAGCUAGUCUCAAGUUUUCCUUUGUUUUAGUGCAUGUACCGUAAUAGAUGGCAUAAGGGAACCCAAUCCAGUCCUUGCAUCGCUUUUGCAAUUAACAGGAUCAUCGGAUGUUUUAAGCUCUGA